AUCCAGUUGGUUUCUCUCCGCUCUCCACGUUUUCCCUUCCAGCCCUCCACUUCUUCGGAUCAAUGGAUGUUACAGCUCUAACUCCCAUCUCACAUACUGCUGGUGGACAGCUCCAGUAACAAGUGAGAGCUUUACAUCCUUUUCUCUCCCUCUCUCUUUUUUCCCCCCUCAUCAACAUCUGUCAAGAAGGAGGAAAAUCACGAGCUCUUUUGUUUUCUCCCGACUUUUUCUCUCUCUUUUUUUUUUUGGUACUUUAACGCAGUGAUGGAAACGGACCAGCCCCCCGUCAUCUGAUGCACCCUGGACAGCUAUUUUUUGUCAGGAUUUUUCUAUGUAUGGUUUUCCAACAGUGGGAAGAUCCUUCCCCAUCCUUCCCUUUUUUCCUUGAGUUAGUUUCCUGACACAUUCUGGAGGCUUGGAGGCUGCUGGACUGAAUGUAACUUUUUUUUCCUUCCCCCCCUCCCUCCUUUUCCCUCUGCUGAUUCCCGUCAGCAGGGACUGAAAAAGAAAAAAAAGAAAAAAGGAAAAAAACAGAAGAGAAGGAGGCAGAAGGGGCUGUGUGUGCGUGUGUUUUGUUGUUGCUGGUGCUCAGGACCCAAAUCUCUGUAGGUGUGUGUUGAAAUAUGGAGAAUAGUCUUGGAUGUGUUUGGGUACCAAAGCUGGCUUUUCUACUCUUCGGGUUUUCUCUGAUCAGCCUGCAUCUUCAAGUCACCGGUUCACAGGUUAAGGGUUUUACAUCAUUACGGUUCCUGACUGAGCCUUCAGAUGCUGUCACCAUGCGUGGAAGUAAUGUGCUGCUGAACUGCACAGCGGAGUCAGAUCAAGGAAUUCCAGUCAUCAAGUGGAAGAAAGAUGCUGUGUUCUUAAACUUGGCAGUGGAUGAAAGGAGACAGCAGUUGGCCAAUGGUUCCCUCUUGAUACAAAACAUAGUCCAUUCCAGACACCACAAGCCAGAUGAGGGUGUCUACCAGUGUGAGGCAUCUUUAGAAGGCACUGGGGCUAUCAUCAGUCGGACAGCUAAAGUCACAGUAGCAGGACCACUGAGGUUUCUUUCCCAGACAGAAUCUGUCACAGCUUUCACAGGAGACACCGUGUUGUUGAAGUGUGAAGUGGUUGGAGAGCCCAUGCCUACGGUACACUGGCAGAAAAACCAGGAGGACAUGACCCUUAGCCUCAGUGACACCCGGAUAGUUGUCUUGCCUUCUGGAGCUUUACAAAUCAGCAGAAUUCAAAUGGGGGAUAGUGGGAUCUACAGAUGCCUUGCAAAAAAUCCAGCUAGUUCAAGAACAGGAAAUGAAGCAGAAGUCAGAGUAUUGGCAGAUCCAGGCUUGCACAGACAGCAGUUUUUCCUGCAGAGACCGUCAAACGUGAUGGCUGUUGAAGGAAAUGAUGCCAUUCUUGAGUGCUGUGUUUCUGGAUUUCCCACCCCCACUUUCACAUGGAUGCGUGGAGAUGAAGUGAUCCCAGUCAGGUCCAAAAAGUAUUCCUUAUUGGCCGGCAGCAACUUACUUAUCUCUAAUGUGACUGAUGAUGAUUCGGGGACGUACACGUGUAUAGUCACCUAUAAGAAUGAGAACAGCAGUGCCUCUGCAGAGCUCUCAGUGAUGGUUCCUCCAUGGUUUUUAAUUCGUCCUUCAAAUCUCUAUGCGUAUGAGAGUAUGGAUAUUGAGUUUGAAUGUGCUGUCUCUGGUAAGCCCGUCCCUACAGUGGAUUGGAUCAAGAAUGGAGAAGUGGUGAUUCCUAGUGAUUAUUUUCAGAUUGUGGGUGGCAGCAACUUGCGGAUUCUGGGCUUAGUAAAGUCAGAUGAAGGUUUUUACCAGUGUGUAGCUGAAAAUGAUGCUGGCAAUGCACAGACCAGCGCGCAGCUAAUCAUCCCCGAGCCUGCUAUCCCAAGUUCCAGUGUCCUCCCCUCUGCUCCCCGAGAUGUGGUCCCUGUUUUGGUCUCCAGCCGAUUUGUCCGUCUCAGCUGGCGUCCACCUGCAGAAACUAAAGGGACUGUUCAGACAUACACUGUCUACUUCUCCAGGGAAGGUGUCAACAGGGAGCGGGGACUGAACACAUCUCAGUCUGGGAUACUUCAGCUUACAGUCGGAAAUCUGAAACCAGAAGAGACCUACACAUUUCGAGUGGUGGCUUACAAUGACUGGGGACCAGGGGAGAGCUCGCAGCCCAUUAAGGUUGCUACACAGCCUGAAUUGCAAGUUCCAGGGCCAGUAGAAAACCUGCGGGCUGUAUCUACCUCACCUACCUCAAUUCUUCUUUCCUGGGACCCCCCUGCCUAUGCAAAUGGUCCAAUCCAAGGAUACAGACUGUUCUGCACAGAGACUGCCACUGGAAAAGAACAGAAUAUAGAGGUUGAUGGACUAUCUUACAAGCUGGAAGGGCUGAAGAAAUUCACAGAGUACACCCUACGAUUCCUGGCUUAUAAUCGUUAUGGUCCUGGGGUAUCCAGUGAAGAUAUUACAGUCAUGACACUAUCUGAUGUGCCAAGUGCAAUGCCUCAGAACGUCUCCUUGGAAGUGGUUAAUUCAAGGAGCAUCAAAGUUAGUUGGCUACCUCCACCAUCAGGUACUCAAAAUGGAUUUAUUACUGCCUAUAAAAUCCGACACAGAAAGACUACCCGCAGGGGUGAGAUAGAAACGCUGGAGCCAAACAACCUCUGGUAUUUGUUCACAGGACUUGAGAAAGGAAGCCAGUACAGCUUCCAGGUAGCUGCCAUGACUGUCAAUGGAACAGGCCCCCCUUCUGAAUGGUAUACAGCGGAGACUCCAGAGAAUGAUCUUGAUGAAUCUCAGGUUCCUGAUCAGCCAAGCUCUCUUCAUGUCAGGCCAUUGAUAAACAGUAUCGUCAUGAGUUGGACUCCGCCACUGAACCCAAACAUUGUUGUACGUGGAUACAUCAUUGGCUAUGGAGUGGGCAGCCCGUAUGCUGAGACAGUGCGAGUGGACAGCAAACAACGUUAUUAUUCCAUUGAAAAUUUGGAGCAAAGUUCCCAUUAUGUAAUUUCUCUGAAAGCCUUUAAUAAUGCAGGUGAGGGAGUGCCUCUUUAUGAAAGUGCCACCACUAGAUCCAUGACAGAUCCCAUUGAUCCAUUAGAAGUUGAUUUUUAUCCUUUGCUUGAUGAUUUCCCUACCUCAGUCCCAGAUAUCUCCACCCCCAUGCUCCCACCAGUAGGUGUCCAGGCUGUUGCACUUACCCACGAUGCGGUGAGGGUCAUCUGGGCAGACAACUCUGUCCCAAAGAAUCAAAAGACUACUGAGGUUCGGUUUUACACCGUCCGUUGGAGAACCAGCUAUUCUACCAGUGCUAAAUACAAGUCAGCAGAUACAACAGCUUUGAGUCACACUGUAAUAGGCCUUAAGCCAAAUACCAUGUAUGAAUUCUCUGUCAUGGUAACCAAAGGUCGAAGGUCAAGUACAUGGAGCAUGACAGCUCAUGCCACAACUUAUGAAGCAGCUCCCACUUCUGCUCCCAAGGAUUUGACAGUCAUUACCCGGGAAGGGAAGCCUCGAGCUGUCAUUGUUAGCUGGCAGCCUCCAUUAGAAGCCAAUGGAAAAAUUACUGCUUACAUCCUGUUCUAUACCUUGGACAAGAAUGCUCCAAUUGAUGAUUGGGUUAUGGAAUCAAUCAGUGGUGACCGACUUACCCAUCAAAUUAUGGAACUCAGCCUAGACACGGUGUAUUAUUUUAGAAUCCAAGCUCGCAAUGCCAAAGGAGUGGGGCCUCUCUCUGAUCCUGUUCUCUUCCGGACUCUGAAAGUUGAGCACCCUGACAAAAUGGCUAAUGACCAAGGUCGUCAUGGAGAUGGAGCCUAUUGGCCAGUUGACACAAACUUGAUUGAUAGAAGUAGCCUGAAUGAACCUCCCAUAGGGCAGAUGCAUCCUCCACACGGCAGUGUGACACCUCAGAAGAACAGCAACCUUCUGGUGAUCAUUGUAGUCACUGUUGGGGUCAUUACGGUGGUGGUGGUGGUGAUUGUGGCUGUGAUCUGUACCCGCCGUUCUUCAGCGCAGCAAAGAAAAAAACGUGCUACGCAUAGUGCGGGUAAAAGGAAGGGCAGCCAGAAAGAUCUGAGACCCCCAGACCUCUGGAUACACCACGAAGAGAUGGAAAUGAAGAACAUUGAAAAGCCAUCAGGGUCUGACCCCUCAGGAAGAGACUCACCAAUGCAGAGCUGUCAAGACAUCACUCCAGUCAGCCAUAGCCAGUCUGAAACCCAGAUGGGCAGCAAGAGUGCCUCGCAGUCUGGUCCAGAUACAGAGGAGGUGGGAAGUAGUAUGUCCACGUUAGAGCGUUCACUUGCUGCCCGCAGAGCCACUCGUGCCAAACUCAUGAUUCCAAUGGAUUCACAACCAAGCAACCCUCCUGUUGUCAGUGCCAUUCCAGUACCAACACUAGAAAGUGCCCAGUAUCCAGGAAUCCUACCAUCUCCAACAUGUGGAUACCCACAUCCACAGUUCACUCUUCGACCUGUGCCAUUCCCAACGCUGUCGGUUGACCGGACCUUCGGAACAGGAAGAACGGUGAAUGAAGGACCAGCCUCCCAACAGCCAUCCAUGCUGCCACAGACACAGCCUGAACAUCCCAGCACUGAGGACGCCCCCAGCAGAACGAUCCCUACAGCCUGUGUCCGGCCUACACACCCGCUCCGCAGCUUUGCCAACCCCUUGCUACCUCCACCAAUGAGUGCAAUAGAACCGAAAGUCCCUUAUACACCACUUUUGUCUCAAACAGGGCCUAACCUUCCCAAGGCUCAGGUUAAAACAGCAUCCCUUGGAUUGGCUGGAAAAGCAAGAUCACCUUUGCUUCCUGUCUCAGUGCCAACAGCUCCUGAGGUUUCAGAAGAGGGCCACAAGCAGACAGAGGACCCCGCUAAUGUAUAUGAACAGGAUGAUCUGAGUGAACAAAUGGCCAGUUUGGAGGGGUUAAUGAAGCAACUUAAUGCUAUCACAGGCUCAGCCUUCUAACAGCUAUUGAUGACUAGAUCAAUUGGAUAAUCCAGGAACAUUGCAGCAUACCAGUAUUUCAUGCAUAUCACACAUGUGCACCAGCUCAUAGAAACACCCUCUUCUCAGUACACUUUGCUCAGUAUAAGAAAGAUUCUUAAUACAUCACACACAUGCACCAGCCCAUAGAAACACCUUCUUCUCAGUACCAUUUGCUCAGUGUAAGAAAGAUUCUUGAUAGUUCGUAAAAAAAAAAAGAUAAAUAAAAAAUAGACUACGUUAUUGUAGAUCAGUCAUCUAAAGUAAUGAAAACCCAGCCCCUGCAAAUGCAUAAGAUGACAUCUUCACAGCAGAGCUGCAGUUGAUGCCACUUGACUGCUUACUUUUGAUCUGCUAGUCUUUGUAGUUUCAAGGUAUCAUGACUAACUCACGUUUUACUUAAUAGCGGUUGUAGUUCUUUGUGUAGAUCUAGUCUUACAUCUUGCAAAUGCAUUUUUAAGCGUAUGCCAUGCCAUAAUAAGUCAGUGUGGUAGUUCACUCUCUUUUUUAUUGGUUCUCUUAAUCUAUUUUUGAAUACAAAAGCACCCAUAGCUAAUAAUCACUACAUAGCACCAAAGGAUUGGAAAUAGUCCCAACAGCACAAAAUAAAGCUACUAACUCCCAUUUCAUUUAUUUCAAUCACUCAUCUUGCACAAGUGGUGGGUAUUAGCAAGUUGCUAUAAAAUUCACCCAUUAUAGCAAAUAUUUGUAAAUCAUCCUAUAGUUAGCAUUUUAUGUAUGGCAAACAGAGAACAGGAACAUAAAAAAAAAACAAAAAUCCGCACAGGUGGCAUGUUGCCAGCCAGCCAGAGUAUUCAUGCAAAAAGAGGACAUAAUAUGCAAUCUUCUCUGAUGCGCAGUAAUUAUGUCCUUACACUUGUAAUGGGACACUUCGAAAUAUGGGUGGCCUUUGUGCCAUUCCACACUGUGAGGACAUCUGAAAGCUCCACCAGGACCACCAUUAGCAGUAGCAAAGAAAAUGAGGCAGAAGUUCUCUCCAUUUUUCCUCUACCCUUCCACCUCCUAGCAGAAGGCUCAGAUCCAUGAACUCGUUGACUCAACCACUGGUGACAUCUCCUGAACUGCUGAAGCUGAUGAAAUCAGAAAGCAACCCUUGCUUAGGGGCACUAAAUGAUGAAUCAUAUGGGCAUAGCAUUGGAAAACACAACAUCCUUUCUACAAACAAAGGAAUAGACUCCAAGAAGAAGAACCGAGGAAGUGUGGUAGAUAACUGGAAAACAAAUGAUGGGAGCACUAUUGGAACAAGAUGCUCCUGGUUCUGACACAACCAACAGUCAAUUAGAAAAGUAACUGUGAUUUAGUAUCAGAACAUGAUCUGUGAACUUUUUUUCAAAGAUCCCCUCCCACCCAAGUACCCUAGGUCCAUAUUACAGUGUUUAUUGAAAACUAUAAGUGGUUGAAUUGACUAAAUUUUUGUGUGCAUACUUUUAUUGCUGAAUUUUCAGAUGCAUUCAGAGUUAAUCCCUGUUUAUGCAGCUGAAGCACCAAAAGGGAACUAUUUUGCAUAUUUAUCAGUUAGGAGGCUGCAAAACCCAAUAAGAAAAUUUCAGAUGAAUUAUUCCAUUCAGCUCUGCCUUUGAUUUCAAGCUUGAGUGGGUCAUAAUUUUAAAAGACUAAGGAAGGGAUAGGAUCUUUACAACCUAAUAGCUCCUUUUAUUAGGUGGGUAAUUAUAUGUGAAUCCCUGAAUAAAAUAUUUUGAGUAAAAUGGCACUGUAACAAAGGUAAUAAUUCAGAUUAUUUUCCACUCCCUUUUGUUGGUAGGGAAAUCAAAUGUCAAAAAGGGUGUUCAGAUGCUUCAUUAGGAACUGUAGUGUGUUUGUGAAAAUGCUUUUUAAAAAUACGCUGUUAUUCAAUUUGCUAAGAUUGUAAUGAAAUAGCUCCUAAAAAUUGGAAAUCUUAUUUGUGUGGGAGAUGGGGUUUUUAUGUUCUGACAGAUUUGUAACUAAAAACCUCCAAUGAAAACAAAGCACACAAAUCUGGCAUAAGUAGCAACCAAAAUCAUAGUCCUUCUAUUGGAUCCUAUGCUGUCAUGGCUUCAUGAAAGUAGGUUUAAAUAUAGCUUCAGAAAAGAGCCUCUUCUCCACUCACAGGAGUUGUCACUGAUUUUGAAAGAGGAACCUGGGAUCUAAUUGUUCACUUAUUUAUGCCAGAGUAAAUAUGAGUUACUUUGAAUUUCUGCUGGGUACAUACCAACAGAAUUUGCCCCUUAUGACUUUGAAGAGGGGCCUUGUAUCUCUUUAAUCCUAAAGUAUUAACCCAAAGCUGAAUGCAUCCCUGGUACAAAAGUGUCUAAAAUAAGUAAUGGGUGCACAUUAAUAAGUGUUGAUGUUUGGGUUUGGUUGUAUAAACAUCCCAAUGUUCAGGUGCUCAUUUGAGCUCCAUGGUAUUGAUUAUCCUAUCUGUUAUGUUCAUGCAGCUCCCUUUGACUUAAAUGUUAGGCCCCUGAGAGUGUGCAACAUUGAUCUGAAACUCUCAGGAGGACAGCCUUUCUUGUGGUGUCUAAAGCAUUUCCAUUUCCAGACUCAGCUAGUUUAAAUCAAUAAAACUUUGUAGGAGUAGGGCCAAAAUUGGAGCAAAAACAAGUCCUCAUGUCCUCAGUCCAUUCUAUACACUCGGGGAAGAGCAGCUCAUUUAUUCAGCUCAUAGGGAGACAAGCAAAAUCUUUUUUCUCAAGUUAAUAAGAUGCUCCUUAUGCAAAUGGAAUUGAAAUUUGUCAGGUAAAGCAGAGCUGUGCCUGCUCUAUACGUAUUUCAUGGGAGAGAGUAACCAGCAGAGUAAGUUUUUUAGUUUACUUUUCAUUUCCCCAGUUCUCAGAGUCUCUAGACAAGUGACGACCUACGGACAUCGGUAGAUGAACAACACUUGUUCCUCUUGCCAGCCCAGUUGAUACAGUGUAUUGGUUUAGCUCGUAAGUGAUUCCUUUAGGGUUUCACUUGAUAAGUAGGAAAGUAGCUGUAGCCCUUUGAUUUCUAUUUAGUUAAAUGAAAUGGAGCUUGGAUCUUGCAAUAAAUGCAAGGUCCUUGAGCUAAUAAUGUCCCUCGGAGUCUUUAUCUGAGGAAGUUCAGAGCUUGUUACUAGGAGUGUUGAAAUAGCUACUUCUGUUUGUAUGUCUUUUUAUUGUCCAGUGGGAAAGAUACUAACCUUCUCAAUGAAACGUCUAAACAUGUGAAAGGCACAUGAGUGGAACAGCACAAAACAUUUAAGGCAUAUUUAGACAGGGUUGUAUUUAUUGAAGUAAAAUCAGCUGUAACAUUUUUUUUUGUUCCUGACUGCUUUCUAAGUUUCCAGAAUAUUCAAAAUGAAAUGCUGUUGAAACCAUAUCUUCCCCUAUUGCAAAACAGCCUUGUAAAUGCAAAGAAAAAUGAAUCAACUUGCGACAAAUCUGUAAGGCAGUUGUUUCCAGGGAGGUAGUUAUCGAAUUACUCAUAGAAAUAGGUUACCUGCACUGCCAUAACAGGUAGCAAAUAAAUGAGUUUGCAGUCAAGAAUUUCAGGAAUUCUCAAGCUGUAUAUUAUGUAUCAUAUUCAUUUUUCUAAGCAAAAUCUCCAACAUGGAGUGCUGCCAGUGUCUGUGUUGCUUGAGAAUCCCCUGGAUGAGAAACUUGGCUGUUGAAGUUAGUUUGCUUAUUGCUUUGGUAGCUCAGUUGGCUUUUCUGGAAGGCUCAGUUCAGAAAAACAUGCAGAAGUUCAGCCAUUUCUCUAAAGCCAUUUCGCCCUGCUUGGGAAUCUGUCUGCAAUGCUUAUGUACUCUCAUCUGAUCUCCACCCCUUUAUGGCUUGGGCUGGGCAGGCUACACAGCAAAAAUUGCUUCAUAUCCUGGUAUUUUGGAACUGGUGAAUCCAGAGGAAACCAGGAAUUGCAAAAGCGCUGCAGGCCAAAAUCAUCGGAGCAGAGGUAUAACCGGGCAGUUCUGCAGCCUGGGAUGUGACGGCAGUGCACAGGGGAGCUGCUGCACCUGGGUUGUCAGUGGUGGUAUGGCAGCCAGGUGGGCAGCGAUGGUAGCUACUGAUUUUGUGUCAUCCCCCCAAGUUGGUGGCUGGGACUGGUGCCUUGGUCACCCUGGUCACUGCUGUCCUCCCCCUUAAUUAUGCUCCUGCAUUAGAGCUCCAUGUGGCACAGGGCCCAGCUAUGUGGAUCAGCCUGAAGAAUAAGAAAAUGAGUGACCCUUCUGAAGCAUCAAACUAGGUUUAUGACAGUUAUGGGGUUAUUACUUUUCUCCUCAAACAAUCCCCAUUUGCAAAUACAGCGCCCAGAUUAUUCAUAUAAUAUUGUAUUGCUUGCACUGAUAUUGUACAAUAUCAGUGCAAACAAUCAAUAUUGCACUGAUACUGUACAACACAAUAUCAGUGCAAUAUCUACUAUAAAAAGCAGUUGUGAUACCUCAGAAAGUUAUGGGAGUGAUUCUGUACUAAGAUGCCACCCCAGAACAAAAUGGUUAUUUCCAUGAUACGUCCUUGGUCCUAAUCCCUAGUUACUUUAAAGCCGAGUCUCUUCACUGAAUCCUUCAAAGGCAUUAUGCCAAAUGUGGCUGUCAGAAAAAAUUGACCCAGGGCUUGUACACACAGGGAAGUUACCAUACUUUGAGAUGAGGUGUGGAUUUACUGUAUGCUACCCCAUGCUGACUCCCUCUGUAGAGACUCAGGCACAUCGAUGACAUGUCUUGUGGAGGAUGGAGCUGAGAUGGCCCACCCACCAGCGUCCAUGGAUGCAUGCUAGAGCUGAUGUUCUCUUACCUUGCUGCUUUAGGCUCAGCCCCAACACGUGCUCUCAGACUCCCCAGAGCCCGAGAGCAGGCAAUGAAAAUACACCCAGAGCAGCUCCAUGGAUGAACUUCUGAUCUGGAACAUGUCACUGGGCUCUGAUGAGUGGGGCCUGCUCAGUCCCAUUCACCCCAAGAGGAGGGGCUGAUGUGGUAUAGAUAAGUUACCAGGCCACUGUGAGUGUGUGGUAGCUUAGCUGUAGUAGAGAGGUAGUACUGGAAAGUUACAGCUUAGCUAACCGAACGAACAGCAAUGUCCCUGUGUAAACAAGUAAAUAUGUUUCUGCAAGCUCUUACUCAUGCCCUUAUUUUUAUGACCAUAAAUGAAAUGACUCGCGGUGCUAAAAUUUAACAUGCCCAUACGUGUCUGCACUCAGGGCCUCAAACAGUCUAGAAUCUCUAUAUACGAGUUUUAAGAGCUGGCAAACAAAAAGAUUCCAGACAGGAUAUGCACAUUGGGCAAUGCAAAUUAGUAACACCAAAAGGGUGGAUAAGAUGAAAACCAUUCAGUAUUACAUUUCAAACAGAAACACUGGAAACUGGAUGAAUGAAGUUACAGACUUUCACAGAGAUCAGAGAUUUGUUUUUUCAUAUUGGAGCUGUUGUGUCUCUGUUGUCCAAUAAGUGUCCUGCCUGAUUUCAGAUUCAAUUUUCUGAGACUCCGCAUCCUUUUUGUUCUUAAGCUCUCAGCAGAAAGCAUCUUAAGCAUCUUCAUUCUGACCUUUUUCGACUGGAGACCAACAACAAUACUACAAUUCAUAUGCCAUAAAACGGCACAGGCCAAUGUAUCUCACUGUAUGCUGUACAUGUAUUUUGAAGUGCGAGAAAGCAAUGUUGGUAGAAGGAACAAUGCUGUUUUUAUUAUUGUAAAAUAUACCUGGCAAUUCCUACGUUUGUGAAUUGCCACCAUGUUUGGGAGGGGUGGGUGUUGGGGGGGUAAGGGUGUACUUUUUUAUAAGUAAUAUUUAAUUUAUUAUUUAGAGUGUUUUCUUUUGGAUAAUUUAUGAUAAAAGGGAUAUCUGGUUGGAAGCCUAGAGCAGGCUGUUAAAGCUGCAGUGUGUCCCAUGUCUCUGUGUGCUGUACUUUUGAACUAUGUUAUUCAUACCUGAGUAUGAGGAUGCUCAAGUGCAACCAGCAAAGCUAUCUUGCUAAAUAUUCACUAGUCUCCGCCACUCAGUUCACACACCCCAAAAUGGGAACUGUAAAUCACUGACAUAGUCUCUUAAUUAAAUGAUACAGCCUUGAGGAAAGCAGUGCGAUCUCUUCUUUAAAGGGCUUUGCAAGGUAAUUAAAAUUUGUUAGUGUACUAGUGAUAUGAUUAUCUGGUAGAGAUGGGUUAUACUACAGCUUUAACUAGCCUUAGUUGGAAAAAAAAUCUUGUUGUUACAAAAGGCCUGAAAAUGGCAUUUUGAGCCUAUAAACCAUUUCUUUAAAUUGUCAAACUCUAGCAUUGUUAACCAAAUUAGACUAGUGACUGCAAUAUUUAAGUGUAAAUCUUGUUCUAUGAGAAAGGAAACUUGCUUACAGUUUAAAAAUAAAUGACUGUUUCUACACCAAUCUUGUAUACUACUACAUGAAGAAAAAGGGGGUUUUGUAAUGCACUGUAGAACAGUCUCAUAUUCAUUUUUUAUAGAAAUGUUAUUCCAAUGGUGCAUUUUUUUUGUUUAAUAAAUAAAGUUUUGAUACAAAA